UGAUAAAUUCUUAGAGGCAAUCCAUAUGGAUACAUAUACAGUUUUAUUGAUAUGCACUCACACUCGCACAUGCGCAGAAACACAGAAAACAACAAAUAAACAAACAUAUAUGCAUGGACUGCAUAUAUCAGAGACACAUAAAGAUGUGCUUGGAAAAAGCUGCUAUACGUAUACGUUGUGAAAAAUGUAAUAAUAAUAAUAAUAAUAAUAAUAAUAAAUGAUUCUUGGCACAUUGCAAUUUAAAGCGUAGAAUCAUGGCAUUCUUUAGAUUUCCGUUUGAUUUCAACUUUACAGAAGACAAUGGCUUGGGCAAUACGACGGCCUAUCCGUCUGGAUUUGACCCUUACACAGAGCAAGUAACCUUUGAUUUCUGGCGUUUCUCCCUUGAAAAUGAAACUUUCAAUGAUUCAGCACAAAAUAGCAAACUCCCGGUCUUCCCAGGUGCUGGUUUCCCAAGUGGUUACAGCUGGCCAACCAUCAUUAUAUCAACUUGUUUUGUAGUUGUCCUCGUCGUCCUAGUUGGAUUGGGCAACUUGUUGGUUUGUAUUGCAAUUUACACGGACAAAAAUUUGAAAAUUACUCAAAAUUCCUUCAUAGCUUCUUUAGCUAUUGCAGACAUGUUGCUUGGCAUUCUGGUAAUGCCAUUAUCAUGGAGCAACGAGAUUUUAGGAUAUUGGUUUUUCGGUCCAGUUUUAUGUGAUUUGUGGUUAUCAGUUGAUGUUUUACUGUGCACAGCUUCCAUUUUAAAUCUUGUUUUAAUUAGUCUGGACCGUUACUGGUCAAUCACAAGAGCUCUCCACUAUCCUCAGCAAAGAACUCCCAAGAGAGCCGCUAUAAUGAUUGCUAUUGUAUGGGUUUUGUCAGGCAUUAUAUGUUUACCACCCCUAAUUGGCUGGAAACAGCCACGACCAGAGGUAGAGACUCUCUAUCCAAUGUGCUUCUUAAGCGAAGAUCUUGGAUACGUACUAUAUUCUUCGUGCGGUUCUUUUUACAUUCCAAUGGUUAUUAUGGUUAUAGUAUAUUUUCGAAUUUAUCUUGCUGCAUUGAGAAGGGCACGCGGCACAUUUAAAAAGAAUCCAAAAGAGGUUUGCCCAGAAACACCAAAAGAAAAAACGACUUCCUCUACUGCAACUAGUUUCACAACACCACCCAAAAACAAUAAUCAGAAAUCCAUUACUACCAAUGCUUCCUCACACGCAGCACCUAAUUCCCUGAAAGAGACAAAGUCGGCUAAUGCCAAUGGUAAUACAAACUGCAUAGAAGUCAAGCCCGUUGAUAAAGAAACCCCCAUUCCCAACGAGACUACGGUGCCCGUCAAAGCAGAUAAUAAAAUAUUAACGGUGCCGGGACAGGAAAAUGGACAUAGUGCGUCCUUGCAGAUUGAAGACGAGCAGCGCAACCUCAUAAAUACUGAUUCAGAUUCCGUUAGUAUCCUGAAUAAUAAAACGGCAACAAGUGACAGUGAAGUGGGUGAAAUUCGACCACCAAAUCAGCGUUUAGUAUUAGUCACGGAUACGGAAUCUUCUAUGGAAUCACCUAAAAAAACUUGCGUCAAGGGAGACGUUUCCACUGAGUUAGAAACGGUGGAGGAAAACGCGAAGCCCUUAUUAGCUGGUGACACUGAUUCAACGACAUAUUAUGAUUCCCCUUAUUUAUCGCCGGAAACUCAAAUGACCGAUACUGGAACAUGUACGGAAAUGAAGACUCCGAAUGUAACCCGGAAGGAAACCAAUCAGCUUCAACCAGCCAAUCAGGUUCAUCACAGUGAAAACGAACUUCAUGGUGAGAACCAUGAGCAGGAGCAGGAUUUACCGAGCACAAAUGCCAAUUCAGAAGGUUUACCUUCGCCAAAUGUCAAAGAAAUUAAUGAUAAAUCUCACAAGGAUAAAAAGAAAAACAGAAAGAAAAAAGAGCAUAUCUUAAUGACAAAUUUCAAAAAGGGUCAUAAAAAUAAAGGGGACAUAGACAAAAACCGCAAGGAGCAGACUUGGAAGGCUCCUUCGGCACGCGACGCGGAAAAACAAAAACGUCGAGUCGCAAAAGCGCGCGAACGGCGAGCCACCAUUGUACUUGGCAUAGUAAUGGCGGCAUUUAUCUUGUGUUGGUGUCCGUUUUUCACGCUCUACGUUAUUUCGGCAUUCUGUGAUGGUUGCAUACCGAUGCUGGUAUUUGACAUUUUCUUUUGGUUCGGUUACUGCAAUUCAGCAUUAAACCCAGUUAUUUACACAGUGUUCAAUCGAGACUUUAAACAUGCUUUUAUUAAGAUUCUAUUCGGAAAUAAGAAUUUCAAAAGGCGAUGAAAGACAAAAAUAUAAAGCUAACGUUACACGUAUCACGUUGUCUAAGGAAUGUACAAAUAAAAUGAAAAUACAAACAUUCUAAGAGGAACAUUACAAAAGCAGUAAAGCUGUUGAUAUAUCAAUGCAUAAAAUUGUAUACAGGUGUAUAUAUAUAUAUAUAUAUAUAUAUAUAUAUGUAUAUAUAUAUAUAUAUAUAUAUAU